UCCUCCACUUCCCAAAAGGAAAGGGAAAAGAAAAAAGAAAAAAAAAAAACUAUUUUAUUGAGAAAUAAGAAAAAAAAAAUUAAGAAAAAAAAAUAUAGAAUGGGAAAAGGGCACCCUUUGUUGAGAGGAGGAGGAGGAGGAGGAGGAGAGAAAGGGGGAUAUGGCCAUGGAUUCUCUGCUUCCCAGGUCCAAUCACUGUCCGCCAUGUGUCAGGCCCUCGUGCCCCCUCUGCCAAUGGAGGAGCUCCACGUCAGCAGCGGCAAGGAGGACCCACCACCCAAGGCCCUCCAAUCCUUCUACUUGGCUUCCGCAUCUGAUCCUCCUGUACCUGAUCAGGUUGCAGAGCUUAUGGUGAAGAGAUGCCUCAGUGAGGCAGUUUCUUUGGUCAGAAUAGUUCUAUGGAUCCUUUCCACCAGGAUUGGGACACUUCUCCUUUGUGGAUCCCUUUGCCUACGCCGCGGAUUCCCCUUCGUGAACAAGUUCGCCGAUAUGCCCCUAAAGAAGAGGGAGGAGGUUCUGCAGAGAUGGAAUCGCGAGACGUUCUUCUUUCCUCUCAGAUUGGCUUUCGUCGUCGUCAAGAUCUUGUGCGUCUACGUCUUCUACUCGUUGACUGACGAGAACUCGGAAAAUCCUGCAUGGAAUGCAAUUGGAUACAGCCUGCCCGCGGAGGCAGGCCCUGCAGAGGAAGAUGAAAAGAAAAGGCCUCUCGACGAUGGAAUCAUCGAAACUAUCUACGAAGACGACACAUCUCUCGUCAAAUCUCUUAGCCAAAAAGGCUUAAAAGUCGCGCAAGACGCCACCGAAAACCUCUACAAGAUCGAAUGCGACGCCGUGAUCGUAGGCUCCGGUUGCGGCGGCGGAGUUGCUGCUGCAGUACUGGCUAGCUCUGGAUACAAAGUAGUUGUCGUCGAGAAGGGCAACUACUUCACAUCUAAAGAUUACACCUCUUUGGAAGCGCCUUCGAUGGACCAAAUGUACGAGUCCGGCGGAAUUUUCAGUACUCUCGAUUGUAAAAUGAUGAUCCUUGCGGGAUCGACGGUCGGAGGCGGCUCGGCCGUGAACUGGUCGGCUUGCAUCCGGACUCCCGAUAAUGUUCUCAAGGAAUGGGCGGAAGAGCACCACCUCCCUAUUUUUAGGAGUUUGGACUAUGUUUCGGCGAUGGAUGUGGUGUGUAAACGGAUCGGAGUGACCGAUAGUUGCACGGAAGAGGGGUUUCAGAACAAGGUUCUUCGGAAAGGAUGCGAGAAACUCGGCCUUCAAGUGGAUUCGGUGUCGAGAAAUUGCCCCGAGGACCAUUUUUGCGGGAGUUGCUGCUACGGCUGCAGAACCGGAGAAAAGCGCGGAACCGAUACUACAUGGUUGGUCGACGCUGUUAGAUGCGGAGCGGUGAUUUUAUCGGGCUGCAAGGCCGAGAAGUUCAUAUUCGACGAUAACAAGCCUGGGAGGGGGAAACCGAAGAAAUGUGCGGGACUGAUCGCGAAGAGUUUAGGCACUUCGGUCACGAAGAGACUGAAGAUUGAGGCGAAAGUGACCAUUUCGGCCUGCGGAUCACUCUUGACGCCGCCGUUGAUGAUUUCUAGCGGGCUAUCGAAUCCGAACAUCGGCAAGAACCUUCACCUCCACCCGGUGGUCUUGGCGUGGGGCUACUUUCCCGAGUCGAUAACGGAUCUCAAAGGAAAAGUCUACGAGGGAGGGAUAAUAACCUCAAUACACAAAAGGAGAGCAUCGGAGAGUGGCUCGAAUUCGGGCGGCUUUCGUGUCAUCAUAGAGACGCCCGCACUGGGGCCCGCCUCGUUCGCCACGUUGAUGCCGUGGGUGUCGGGCCGGGACGCGAAGGAGAGGAUGGCGAAGUACAGUCGGACCGCGCACGUCUUUGCGUUGGCCCGAGACCGCGGGUCGGGGGUCAUCGAAGGCGAGGGGAGGAUCAAGUACCGAAUGGAUCCGUCAGACAAAGAGAACCUGCGCGACGGACUGCGAACGGCGCUGAGGAUUCUGAUCGCGGCUGGGGCGGUGGAAGUCGGCACUCACCGGAGCGACGGGCAACGGAUCAAGUGCAAAGGGGCGAAGGAGAGCGAAUUGGAGGAGUUCUUGGACGGCGUCGACAUCGCGGGGGGGCUGCGGUCGAAGGGCGAGGCGUGGGGCAUCUGUUGCUCCGCGCAUCAAAUGGGGAGCUGCAGGAUGGCAGUGAAUGCAGAGGAGGGUGCAGUAGAUGAGAGGGGUGAGAGUUGGGAGGCUGAGGGGCUGUAUGUCUGUGAUGGCAGUCUGCUGCCCACUGCAGUUGGGAUCAACCCCAUGAUCACCAUCCAAUCCACUGCCUACUGCAUUUCCAAAGGCAUUGCUGAGUCCCUGAAGGAAAACUGUCAGUCAAGCUAGAUUAUCAACUGCCAAAGUUUACGGUAAAUUAUGCGUGCGAAUGUCAAUGAAUUUCGUAGCGAAGAUACUACCGAAUAAUAUGUUGCAUAGUUUGAUUCAUUAUGUUUCGAAUUGUCAUGAUCUUUGAAUCUGACUCGCUGUUGUUCUGAGAGUGAAAAUUUCGAAAUCAUGCUGUGCUGGAUUUGUUGCAGAAAUCUCUGUGGGUCAGAAUCAGAAGAUACAUGGUUAGUUCUGGGACCACAGCUGUUCCUUUUAGUUAGGGAGUUAGCGCGGUAAGUCGUUGUCGGCGACGAGGAAAAAGAAGAUAGAAACUGACGGGUGGUGACUUCGAUAAGACAUUUUGUAGGCAGCAAUCGCCCGUCAGCGUCGGUAUCUGUUGCGACGUAUUAUCAAUGUAGCGGUCGGACAAUGGGUUCGCGAAAAGGACAAAUCUCUCAUUCAAGAUUUGUCCAGCACUCAUUGAUACACUCAUUGAUAUAUGUGGUCCUCACCAAUAAAUCAAGGCUAGUGUAGACAAAAUUUGUUGCUGUUA